AAAUUUCCUGUGAGUUUCUACAAUAACUGACAGUUUUUUGUCAAUAAGUCAGCAAAUUUAUUACCAUAUACCAGUGAAUACAAUGAAUCACACUGUUACACGAAACAGACAAGACACAGGAAAAUGUAUAGAAAUUUCGGGCUCCUGCAAGGCUGCAACACGUUGAGAACAUAACAUUCAUUCUCUUUUUAUAUGGCAAUCAGGUUCGUGCUCACUCAUACACACCAUUCAUAUUCCACACUUAUCAUUCCAAGCCUUCUUUUCUCAUGGCUUUCCUACCAUCAUCAUCCUCCUCUUCCAUCACCUAUGCAUUCACCUACGAUGUGUUCAUCAGCUUCAAGGGUUCUGAUACCCGCUAUGACUUUACCGGCAAUCUCUACAAAGCUCUCUAUGGUAAGGGAAUUCACACUUUUAUUGAUGACAAGGAGCUUCACAAAGGGGACGAAAUCACACCAUCACUUGAGAAGGCCAUUCAAAACUCCAGGAUUUUCAUUGUUGUCCUCUCUAAGGACUAUGCGUGCUCCUCAUUUUGCUUAGAUGAACUUUCCAAGAUUCUUGACUGCUCUCAGGAAGAGGGUCGUCUUGUUUGGCCAGUUUUUUAUGGUGUGGAUCCUUCUGAUGUGCGAAAGCAAAUUGGGACGUUCGGAGAAGCAAUGGCCCUGCAUACAGAGAGGUUCAAAGAUAACAAGGACAAGUUGCAAAAAUGGAGGAUAGCUCUACAACAAGUAGCUGAUUUGUCAGGCUGGCAUUUCAAACAUGGAGAUGGAUAUGAACACGAGUUUAUCGGAAAGAUCAUUAAUGAAGUUUCAAGAAAGAUGAAUCGUGUUGCUUUACCUAUUGUUGAUUACCCGAUUGGACUAGAGUCACAAGUGCGACAAGUAGUUUCGCUUUUGGAUGUUGGGUCUAUUAAUAGAGUUCACAUGGUAGGGAUCCAUGGAAUAGGGGGAAUUGGUAAAACGACACUUGCUCUAGCAGUUUACAAUUCCAUUGCUGACCAUUUUGAAGGUUUAUGUUUUUUGGAGAAUGUUAGAGAAAAUUCAAACAAACAUGGGUUACUACAUCUCCAAAAGACCCUUCUUUUGGCUUUCCUUGGAGAGAAGGAAAUUGAGAUAACAAGUGUCAAGCAUGGAAGUUCAAUAAUACAACAUCGGCUCCAACAAAAAAAGGUUCUUCUGAUUCUAGAUGAUGUUGACAAGAAGGAGCAAUUAAAUGAUAUUAUUGGAAGACCUAAUUGGGUUGGUCCUGGUAGUAGAGUCAUCAUCACAACCCGAAACCAACAAUUGCUAGCAUGCCAUGGGGUUGAAAUAACAUACAAAGUGGAAGAGUUGACGAAGGAAGAUGCUACCAAAUUGUUCACAUGGAAAGCUUUUAAAAACCAGGAAGUUAAUUCAAGUUAUGAGGACUUAUUGAACCAAGCAUUGAGUUGUGCUUCCGGCCUUCCGUUAGCCUUGGAAGUAAUAGGUUCUAACUUGUUUGGAAAAACAAGGGAAGAAUGGGUGUCUGCAUUAGAACAAUAUAGGAGGAUUCCACUUGAAGAUAUCCAAAAGAUACUUGAAGUGAGCUUUGAUGCUUUGGAGGAAGAAGAGAAGAAUGUUUUCCUAGACAUUGCUUGUUGCUUCAAAGGAUAUGAAUUGGGAGUGGUCAAGGACUUACUUUGUGCUCAUUAUGGUUUCUGCAUAGCAAAUCACAUUAAGGUGUUGGUUCAAAAGUCUCUCAUAACGAUUACUCCGUAUUUGAGUGAAUUGACACUACAUGACUUAAUUGAGGAUAUGGGUAAAGAAAUCGUGCGACAAGAAUCACCUAAAGAUCCCGGAAGCCGCAGUAGGCUAUGGUCUCUUGAAGAUAUAUUUGAAGUUUUGGAAGAAAAUACGGGAACAAGCAAAAUUGAAAUGAUGCAUCUAGAUUACCCGUCAUUUGAAGAAGUGGAUUGGGAUGGAGAGGCUUUCAAAGAGAUGAAAAAACUGAAAACACUUGUCAUUAGAAAAACUCAUUUUUCUAAAGGUCCAGAGCAUCUUCCAAAUAGUUUAAGAGUACUAGAGUGGUGGAAAUACCCUUCACAACAUUUACCAAGUGAUUUCCGUCCAAAGAAACUUUCCAUAUGCAAAUUACCCGAGAGUAGGUUUAUGUCAUUGGAGUUGCUAAGUUCAUCAAAGAAGUUCGUGAGUAUGAAAGUCUUAAAUCUCAAUCGGUGUGGAUCAUUAACACAUAUACCUGACGUAUCUGGUCUCCCAAAUUUAGAAGAGCUUUCAUUUAAAGAUUGUUCAAAAUUAAUUACGGUUGACUGUUCGGUUGGGUUGUUGGCCAAACUUAAAAGCUUGAAUGCUCGUCAUUGCUCCCAGCUUAGGAGUUUUCCUCCCCUCAAGCUGCCCUCUCUUGAAGAACUCGGGCUUGAAGGUUGUUCAAGUCUUGAGAGUUUUCCAGAAAUAUUAGAAGAGAUGGAAAAUAUAAGUAAGCUUGAUUUGAGUGGCACUAAAAUAAGUAAAUAUCCACAUUCAUUUGGAAAUCUGACUCGACUUCGAUUAAUGUGGGUUUAUCACUUGCUGCCACCAAGGAGCUUAGACACGAUGCCACAACUAUUAUGGCACACAAUCAAUCAGCGGCGGAUAUGGGAAGAGGAUAGCGAGAGUGAGAGUGAAGAAGAAGUGAUGGAUGGUGGAGCUAUGGAAUUAGUUCCGACAUUGUUUCCUAACUUGAAUGAAAAAAAGAGUUCCAUGCUUUUGCCUUCAAAACUAGAACAUCUUUUUCUCUAUAAGUGCGACCUGUUAGAUGAAUAUUUAGUAUUAGUUCCCUUGUUCUUUCCUAACUUGAAAGAAUUACACAUAGAGGAUUGUCCAUCAAUCACAGUUGAGCAACUUAGAGAAAUUUGUGAGGGGAUUUUGCCAAGAUUAAACAAGUUAGUUGUAUUCGGAUGUCCAUCCUUGAGUUCCAGUUGUAGAAGCAUGUUGGUGAGGCAGGAACUGCAUGAGGCUGUAGAAAUUGAUCUUCAAUUGCGAAACUUACAGAUUCCAGAGUGGUAUGAGCACCAGAACAUGGGUCGAUCUCCGUCACUUUCUUUCUGGUUUCGUAACAAAGUCCCUCUCAUCUUACUAUGUAUUGCUUCUCCACCUUCGCCAAAUAUGCCUGACCAUGAUUAUUCAUGUGAUUAUUCACUCAGAGUAAAUUCCUUCAUCAAUGGCUCUAAAGGUGAAAAAUUUAGAGUAAUUUGGGGUUGUACUCUUCUUAAGAGGCUAAGCAAAGACUACUUUGAUACACAUAUGAGCGAAAGAUGCAGGAUAUCAAAAAAUGAGUGGAAUCAUGUGGAGUUUAGGACUGAAAGGGGCUUUGAUUUUGGAAUUGGAAUCCAUGUAUUGAAAGAGCAAAACAUGCAGGAUAUCCGAUUCAUCAAUCCUUUAGACUUGAACUUGGCACUUAGAAGGAUUACCCCUUGGAGUAAGUCUUGCUUUGGAGUGUAUCAUGCGAAUUCCUUGGAGUCCAACUUCUUACUGCAUACACCAAAGAUUGUCCCUUCUCGAGGGAACCGAUUCAGAUUUAAUGAAAACCAACAUGGAUUGACAUCUCCAAUGACAUAGAUGGAGCAGUUGUGGACUCGGGAAAAGGCUCUUGUAAAAUCUUCACAAGCCCUCUGGUUUCUUAAGAUGCAAAAUAUUCAGGUCCCAUGUCCCACUUUAUCAAGUGACAAAGUUAGUGGAGACAACUGCACGUAAGAAUCUGUGGCCGUAGUUUAUCAACAACAAUUGAUGACUCUUUCACAAAGCAUAUUGAACAAAGUCAACACAUGAUGUACUUGGAAGAAUUUUAUUUGGCUUCUUUAAUGUUGGGACUCGUGUUAUUUGAUGUUCCUAGUUUCCUCUGAUAAAUCAUCAAGCAUGGCAAAUCGAAAUACAUUCAAUGAUGCUUCAGUUUUGUUCCCAAUUUGUCUGUAGAUGAUGCAUAUCAGCAGACAUGAGAACAUUGAUAUGAGAAGCUUCAUAGGAGUUCAUCAUAGUUAAAUUAUUUUCACUGUUGAAUUAGAACCAAAAAAAUUGAUAAGUUUUAGUCUUGUGCUUUAAAAUUCAUAAUAAGCUUCUUUCUAGAUGCAUCCAUAUCAAUGAGAUUGUGCUUUUCAUCUCAUGAUAAGAUCUCAACUCACAUGGAAACAAAACAAUAAAAGAAAAAGCUGAAUCUACUGUUUUUAAGUUGUUUGAUA